AUCUACGGUAACACUAAGAUGAGGAUUCGCAUCGGCGGAGAUACAAGUAGUGGCUAUAGCUACAGAAAAGGUGUGAGACAAGGAUGUCCUUGUUCUCCAAUGCUGUUCAACUUGUUUAUUAAUGACAUAUUUGACGGUGUAACUGGAUUGAGCGUACCACGCUCAAAUAUAAGACUGCCAGGGCUGAUGUUUGCAGACGACAUUGUAGUCUUUGGCAAUGAUAUCGCUGAUCUGAGUCACAAAGUGAGUCGGAUUAGUAGAUGGGCAGUUGAGAACAGAAUGAAGAUCAACUGCGGGAAAAGUGGUGUCCUUGUAUGGGGCACAGACAAUGGUAAUGAGUCAGAUAGAAUCACUAUCUCUACCGACUUUGGAAGGAUCGGUGAAGUCACCGAAUAUAGGUACCUAGGAGUUCUUGUUAAAAGAACUACCUUAGAAGAGCAUCUUGUCAGAGAUGGCGCCUCCAGAGGCAAGAAAGCAUUGGAAGUCUUGAAACCCAAGCUUCUGAAUAAAGGGAUCAAUAUUAUCUUCAAGGGAAUAUUGAUCAAAAAUGUACUAGUCCCUGCUCUCAUGUAUGGUAGUGAACUAUGGGGCAUGUCUAGUACAAGAUCAGGUAGGAUUACUAGAAUC